AUGUCACACAUACUUACCGAUGUAGAGAUGGUCAGACUGAGUUACAAUGACAUUCAUACUGCUAUCCAGAAAGCUGCUCCUAAAAUCAAAGAGGAAUUCGCUCCCACACUAUUUAUCGCCAUUGGCGGAGGUGGUUUCAUCCCAGCUCGUAUACUUAGAACUCAAGUGAAAGUAGACCAAGACGGCAAGAAGAGAAAUAUCCCUAUCCAAGCUGUUGGAUUGGUACUAUACGAGGCCAUGGGCGGUGUCGAAGAGAAAGUUGGUACAGAGGUAGUCAGAACUCAAUGGCUCGAUUUUUCGACUCUUGGUCAAAACUUCAGUCAUGGUGGUCUUUUAGGUCGACGUAUCCUCGUAGUAGAUGAAGUAGACGAUACUCGAACAACUUUAACAUAUACAAUUCGAGAAUUACAAUCUGAUAUCGAUAAACAAUUGGCAGCUGUAGAAGAUGAAACUGAAAGAGAACGAUUGAGGAAGGAGACUAAAUUGGGUAUCUUCGUUGUGCACAACAAACUUAAGCCUAAGGCAGGGCAAUUGCCUGACGACGUAGCUUAUUUCUCAGCUGUCGAUACUCCAGACGUGUGGCUCGCAUAUCCAUGGGAAUGCGAUGGGGAUAUCGACGCUCAUGACGCUUUGAGAGUGCAUAACCCUAAGGUAUAA